GCGUGUUUUGUGUUCGCCGUGUUAGAGACAUAACUGGAUAAGGCGAGGCUUUUCAACUAGGGAUAAGGUUCUUCACUGUCGUUUAUUCCAUUUCUAUGAGCGCAUUCUGCUCCAGCGAGACCGUAAUUUUCUAUUUCGUUCUGGGGACUGAACAUUGUAGAACAGGAAGACCAGUUGCAAUGUUAGCCCUGGCGACGUGUGCAUCUACCCCAACAGCAACUGCAGUAAGCUUCGGGGGCGUGCCUGCACACCAUAUUUUCAAAGCACCACUGGGUUUGGUUGGCUCGUCUAAUUGUUCACUUCUUCGGUCUCACAGGCUGACCAUCACCACCGUCACUGCCACUGCCAAGACCGUCGGAAUAAACUCCGUCGACCCAGCGGUCGCAGCCCUCGACUCCGAAGCCCUCAAUUCCACAUAUCCCGCCGGCAAGCGGUCAGCCCACAAAAAGUAUUAUUUUGUUGUUGCAAAUGCAACAUUCAUGCUGGACGAAGAAGAGCAUUUCAAGGAGCUAUUGUUUGAACGGCUCCGGAACUAUAGAGAGCGGAGCAAAGAACAGGAUUUCUGGCUUGUGAUUGAGCCCAAGUUCCUCAAUAAAUUUCCUGACAUUACUAGGAGAUUACGAAGACCUGCUGUUGCUCUGGUUUCAACCAAUGGUCCAUGGAUCACAAGGUAGACCAUGAGGAAUUGAAAAAUUACAAGAACCGCAGGGUUGGAGACUUUUAAAAGGGUUGUGAUUGGAAGCUUCGACCACGCGGUUGAACACAUUGGCUGGAUGCCUGAAGAUUAGAUUGCCUUAUGGAGGGUUUAUGGAAAGACAAUAGAAGGGAUGAUUGUCUUCUCAUCCAAUAUUAGAUUGCCACAUUAACUGGACCUUUUCCUUCUGCCCUUCCUUGGGAGGCUAGAAAUGGAAACUCAAGACAAUUUUCUAGUAUGAAGCGUGAUGUCAAGAUUCCCCUUUAAAGGACAUAAUGACACAUUAUUUUGGGCUGUUUAGGUCUUUUUUGUUUGCCUGUUCAAAUCAACAUCUGUUUGUAAAAUUUGUGGAUGGCAUUUACCUUCAGUCACUUCUGAUCCUUCCUACACCUACUUCAUAGGUUGCUUCCUUCUAGAGCUCUUCUGUUGAACAACUUCUAUUUCUGCUAAUCAAUGAAAAGGAGACACUCAAAAGGAAAAGGACGGUGGGUGUUGUGUCCCCCUCAGCUGUGUGCUUGCAUGCAAGUUGUCCCAACUUCCAAAUUUCAAAUAGUGGCUACUUAAGAUAUUAUAGUUCUUCAAAUUUCUAUGAUAUUUUUACAAUAUUAUGAGGAAAAGAAAAAAAAAAAAGGAAAUUUCUUUUUCUCUCAAUAUAUAAAUAAAAGAUUAUCUCCUCACCAGCUUUACUUAUACUCGAUUUUUGGCUUGGCAGGUUCAUGAAAUUACGAUUGGACCGGGUUUUGUCAAAAAGCUAUGAUGCCGGUAAUCUAGAAGAAGCAUUGGCCUCUGAUCCUGUCAAUCUAGAGUUCAAGAGGCCAGAUAACUGGGUGGCACCCUACCCCAAGUAUGAAUUUGGAUGGUGGAAGCCUUUCUUGCCCCCAGGAUCUAAAGAAUCUAAAAUAUGACAUGUUUUUACUUUUUCCUUCUAGUCCGUGACCGCGGUCCACUUUUUUUUCGAGUAAAACAUGAUUGUUGACAUAUGCUGAUAAGAGUUUUUUUAGACCAGCGAGGGGUGAAAGAGCCAAAUCAUUGUACUAGUUGGUGUUCAUCUUUUAAAAGUUAAAAAGAAGGGUUUGAUUCUUUAGGUGUUGAA